AUGAGGCGAGCGAGAGGUGGUCGGGUGAUGAGAGAGGCUGAACGGUUCAUAUAUACGGGCGGACAGACUAGAAGGGAGCGAAACUAUGAAGCUAGCGGAGAUCGAGGGCGGGUCCAUGCUUCUGAUAUCGUGGACGUGCGCGUCCCCGCGUCCAGUCUCAUCUGGCCGAGUCCCGGUCCAAUAAAUCGGCGCCGCGGAUGCAACACUGCUGCAGGUCUCGCCGCAAAGACAUGUCGUGAUGCAGGCGGCGGCAUCGUUGCCCAAGGGAGCAGGAAGCGUGAAUCCGUGGAGCAGCAGACGAGACGCCAGCCGAAGUGUUUUGGGAGCAAAUCCCCCGGCGACAGGGAUGGGCCGACCGCUCUUGCCUCUUUGGCCACUUGCUGGCCCGCUUUCUGCCCACACCACUCGCAAGGGUCCAUGGGUCUAUCGCGACGCCUGUCUAGUUCCACCCUCCCCUCUUCCUUCAUAACUCAAUCCUCAUAUCUGGGUUGCUAUACCAUCUCCUUUGCCGUGCCCGCCACCCGCCCAGCACGCUACUGUAAAUGGAUGGAGCCGGCGAGCCUUUUACCUGACACGCACCACCGCACUCCCUCGCCGACUCGUGAUGCGUCGGUCGCCACGGUUCGUCCAGAGCGCAAUAGCGUAGUCCCGCCGUACUGGCAGCACCACGGGCGGCAUCCCAGUCGUAUGAGCUCCUACUCUACCGACGGCCAUCCGACUCCCAUCUCGCUCGAGGACCACACCGAGGACGGAUCCGAGCAGAGCAAAGGCCUGUGGGCAAAAGGUGUGACGAUUGAUGAUCACGUCGUCGUCAGCGGGGCGGCACCCGGCUUGGGCGCCUAUGUCGUCUUCAACUGCACUGUUGAGACGCUCGAUGGUGGUCCCAUGAAGAUACGAAAAAGAUACUCGGAAUUUGAAGAUCUGCACCAAAAGCUCGUCCAGACAUUUCCGCAUGCCGUGAGCUCCAUGCCGCAGUUCCCGCCAAAAUCCGUCAUCUCUCGCUUUCGACCUCGUUUCCUGGAGAGGCGCAAGAACGGUCUCAAUUAUUGGUUAAACUGCAUCCUACUCAACCCCGAAUUUGCUGCAUCACCAGUCUUGAAAGAGUUUUUGUUCUCAUGAGGCUUGACCAGAGUGGAAGUCUAGUAUACGGCGUGGCAAGAGCUUUGAUGUGCUGCUUAGCACCCUGCCGUCUGGAUGUGUCUAGGUCUUGCUCUUCUUGUAUAUAAAUUCUGCUAAUGUGUAAUGACAUGCGAAUC